UGACUCUUCGGGCGUGGCGCAAUCUAUUAAGGUAGCCAAAUGCCUCGUCAUCUAAUUAGUGACGCGCAUGAAUGGAUUAACGAGAUUCCCUCUGUCCCUGUCUGCUAUCCGGCGAAACCACAGCCAAGGGAACGGGCUUGGCGGAAUUAGCGGGGAAAGAAGACCCUGUUGAGCUUGACUCUAGUCCGACUUUGUGAAGAGACAUGAGAGGCGUAGGAUAAGUGGGAGGCCUUCGGGCCGACAGUGAAAUACCACUACUCCCACUGUUUUUUUGCUUAUUCAGUAAAGCGGAAAGCGACCCGGCAACCCCCGGGUCACACAUCUGGCCUUAAGCCGGCGGCGUUCGGUCGCCGGCGAUCCGCUCUGAAGACGGUGUCAGGCGGGGAGUUUGACUGGGGCGGUACAUCUGUCAAAGAGUAACGCAGAUGUCCUAAGGUGAGCUCAGCGAGGACGGAAACCUCGCGUAGAGCAAAAGGGCAAAAGCUCACUUGAUUUGGAUUUUCAGUAUGAAUACAGACCGCGAAAGCUUGGCUAUCGAUCCUUUUGAGUUUGCGAGUUUCAAGCAAGGGGUGUCAGAAAAGUUACCACAGGGUUAAUAUUUGAAUCAGGAAUUUUUUUAGCAAUUGUUAUCUUGGAACACGCUACCAAUAAAGUAAUAAUAUAUAUAACAUUUACUCCAUUGAAGCAAUUUCGGUGACUCAUCAGAUACAUUAUGGAGCACGAUGGAACAAAGCUACCAAUAUAUGAAAGGAAACCUGGACAAAAAUUUGAAGUUACUGAAUCCAUGAAGCAUGAAUUCUCUAAAAACGGAUUCAUUAUCGUCAGGAACUUAUUUUCGGACGAAGAAAUCACGAAAUUGCGAAAAAGUUUGGAAUCACCUGAGUCAGAACUGAUGAAAAGGUCUUAUAGUGAUUCAGAUGGCGAUGGUGGGAGAAUAAGAAUAAUUUUAUGGAAUCAUCCUGGAGAUGAUUAUAGUGGUGUUAUGGGAAGAUGUGAAAGAGUGGUUGGAACAUGCGAGAAGCUAAUCGGAGGAGAGGUUUUCCACUACCAUACUAAAAUGAUUUUGAAAGAUGCUCGAACAGGAGGAGCUUUUCAGUGGCAUCAAGAUUACGGAUAUUGGUAUCUUAAUGGAAUUUUACGACCAGAUAUGAUCUCAGUUCAAGUAGCAGUUGACGAUGCCGACAAAGGAAAUGGCGCUUUGCAGGUCGUCAAAGGUUCACAUAAAAUGGGAAGAAUUGAUCAUACCAGAAUCGGAGACCAGGCCGGAGCGGACCCGAAAAGAGUGACUGAGGCAUUGAAAAUUAUGGACAAAAUAUACGUAGAGUUGAAAGCUGGCGAUGGAUUAUUCUUCCACUGCAACCUUUUGCAUACCAGCGAUAAAAAUUUAAGCGAUCGCAGAAGAUGGGCUUAUAUUUCUUGCUAUAACAGGGCAGAUAACGACUCAUAUCAAGAUCAUUUUCACGCACGAUACACUCCUCUGAAAAAGGUGCCCGAUUCUUCCGUGCUCGAAUGUGACGACUUCAAUACGAUGGAUGGAAAAUGGUUCCACGUUCCCGAUCAAAACAAAGAUUUUUCUUAUGAAUACAUUCCAGAGAAAAAACAAUAAAUUAAUUUCCAAUUUUUGUUGUUGUCUCGUGUAAAUACGAUACCAAAUAUAUACCCAAAACUAAACUGCAUGUUUGAAACUUCUGGCAGAUAAAGAGACAUGUAAAUAAUGCAAUACCACUGAAUAUUCAUCAAUUGAAUUGAUACUAGUAUUGUUUUAGCGCAUCUCAGCUGUAUAAGAAACUCAUGCUACAUUCCUAUUCGAUGUUAACCUCUUAAUCUCUUUCCAUUAUUCGCCCUAAAGCGCUUCGCGCUAUGGUAUUUAUAUUAUGAGAUUGCUUCCAUUUUUGGACAAAACUGUAUUGUUUCUGCGGAAUUAUGUUUAUCGUUAAUGCUAUAUCUCGUCACUCUAAACCUAAAGUGAUAUGAUUUUAAGGUAAUAUAUUUUUAGAGGUUCCAUGUCUUUAAUAUUUAUCUAUUGUAUAUAUAUCUCGGCACAUGUAGUAACAGAGCUAAAAGUCUCCAUCGAAUUCGAGCUACCUGCCGAAAAAAAUAUAAGAGUGAAUGGUUUCAUUCCGCUUUUCGAAUCCAUACUAUAUAUACGGGCGGAUCCAACUUGUAGUUUUGAGUGCUCGAAAAUAUAAUCACUGCAUGUCUCGAGUUCAAAUGAGUAGCCUACCACUAAAUAUUACGGGUGCUUUCUGGUGAGUAGGCGCUAUG